AUGGCUACCCCCAGUGUCCUAGCUUUUGACGCUGAGGGCAGAGCCAUUGACUUUGAGGUCUGGGUCGACGACCUGCAGUUGUUUUUGCAGUGCGAUAGGGCAGACGGUCUUCCUCUCUUUGACCUCACCUCUGGCGCCUCUCCUGCUCCUGCUGCUGAUGCUGACCCCACUGUUCGCUCUCAGUGGGCCACCCGCGAUGCUGUUGCGCGCCUUGCUGUGCGUCGCCACUUGCCCACCACUGAGCGCGCGCACUUAAGUCAGUACAAGAGUGCUCAGACUUUGUACGACGCUGUAGUUGCGCGCUACUCCUCCCCUGCCACUGCUGCACUGAGCCGUCUCAUGCUACCCUACCUCUUCCCUGACCUCACUGCCUUUCCCACUGUCGCUGACCUCAUUACGCACCUCCGCACUAGUGACACUCGCUACCGCGCUGCCCUUCCUGCUGAGUUCUGCGCCAAGAACCCCCCCCCCAUGUACAUCACUCUCUACUACGUAGUCGCACGCCUCCCUGACUCCCUUCGCGUAGUCCGGGACCACUUUCUCUCAGUCUGUCCCACCACCCUCACUGUCGACCUCCUCGAGAAGGCCCUCCUAGCGGCGGAGAAGAGCAUCGUCGCUGUAGGAGCUUCUCGUGGUGACCCUCGCACUCCCAUCUUUGAGGGGUGCUCUCCUUCCCCCCUGCUGCCCUCUGUUGCCUAUGCUGCUCCUGCCGACCUGCUUGGUCUUGAGUCGGUCGGCGCGGCGUCUGCCCCUAGUGGGAGACGCCGCUCUGGCAAGGGCAAGAGGGGCAAGGGCGCGGGUGGAGCUGGAGGGGGCGGUGGAGGUGGCGGUGGAGGCGGCGGAGGGAGUGGGGGUGGCGGCGGGAGUGGUGGCGGGGGUGGUGGUGGUGGUGGCAGCGGCGGAGGAGGCGGCGGUGGUGGCGGCAGCGGUGGUGGUGGUGGCAGCGGUGGAGGUGGAGGCGGCGGAGGAGGCGGAGGAGGAGGCGGUGGUGGCGGAGGGGGUGGAGCUGGUCGGGGUGGUACCCCGCAGCGGAGCGGCGCUGGUAGUGGUUAG